AUGCAUAUAGUUAUUAUCGGUCCAAAGUUGCCUUUUUCGAAAAGGGCCAUGCAUGCGUUGAUCAACUCCCAACAUGCAAAGCAGUUUUCAAAAGAUAUAACCAGAUGGGGCGUAAUUCAAGGACAUACAGCAGUAGACUUGGAGGUUCUAGAGGAUCUCUUUAAUAAAGAGAUUCUGCCAGCUACUGAAGAAUGUGGUGUUUUUGAACCUCUGUCAAGUCGCCGAAAAUACUGUGACCUAUGCCCCUAUAUGUUAUUUACAUCGCAUGGGAUUUAUAAACAUCCACCACCACUACCAAGCAAGGCACCUGAAAGAAUUCUAGCAGGUGUGAAGAGAAUCAUUGAACAGAUUCGGGACCCUAAUCUAACAACUGCAAUAAUUCAAAAGCAACAUCUAAUAUCUUAUCCAAAUGGACAGGAUAUUAAUAGUCUUAUCUUCCUCCAGAAUACUGACCAGAACUUGAAGGACUAUAUUCAAGAAUAUUAUCAUGAUUCUCAGGGUACCAUGUCAAAAGAUAUUAAUGAAGUGCUUUUUGCUACAUUCCUGCCAGACCAAUGCAAAAUUAUCACAUUACUCCGAGUAUUUACCAGUAUUGAUUCUACUGAGGGUUAUUAUUUACUUUUCAAGCGGGUUUUCAGCCUUGUUCAGAGGAUUUCCCAUCAGCCAAUAUAUUUUGAUCCUAUCCAUGGUUCUGGGAUCCAUGGUAUUAUUAUUGAUAUGGACUCAAAACAAUACACCAAGUAUGAAAAUGCUAAUGUCCAGAAUUGGGCAUCUCAAAAGAAAGGGGCUGUGAUCAAGGCAGGAUUAAAUAAAGCAUGCUCUAAGAUUCAGCCUUAUUACUUUGAUUUAUUACAAAACUAUACAAAUGCUGUUGAACAGUCCCAUCAGAAGUCAUAUAUAUCUGGCAAGUACUUGAGUCUGGUGCAAGCAGUCAAGAAUUCUGCAAAGCUAGAUAGGGAUGAUAUCUUACAGUAUGAUAACUUCCAGGAGUUCAACAUUCAUCAUUCAUAUCAAACCUCUAAUAUGGAAGCUAAUUAUCUUCGGCAUAUGAGUCGGGAAAGAAGUCAAAAACGCCGAAGGUCUGCUUUAUCUCCCUCAACUGAAGCCGAAUCAGCUUCACCCUUACCGCAAGGAAAUACGAGAUCAAGGUCUCAAAACUCCUCAAGAAUUGGUGAUGAUGAGUCAAUAAGGUCUGGUAAUCUUCGACGUGCUAUUUCAACAAAUGCCUUGAAUCUUGAACAAAGACGUCAAGAGCUUGAGCUAGAGAAUUUUGAAUUAGAGCUUCAACAAAAGAGAGCUGAUCUUAAGAAGAAAGAGGAGGAUAUUCACCUGCAACAACUUCAAAAUGAGAAGUUGGAACUUGAUCUUAUGGAGAGGAGGAUAUGUAUACAGGAAGCUCAGCAGCAUGAGCUAAGUAGUUUAUAA